CUUGGUCACCGGCGCAAAUGGUGGCAUUGGGCUGGAGACCGCCCGCCAGUUGGCAGCGCAGUCCAAACACGUUCUUCUAGGCAGUCGGUCCCUCGAAAACGGCGAGCAGGCGGUCAAGACACUUCAAGCCGAGAACCACCCUGGACCUAUCGAACUCCUGCACAUCGACGUCUCCAAGAAAGAUUCGAUUGUCGCAGCUGCCAAACACGUGAAUGACUCCCAUGGACGGCUAGAUGCCCUUGUCAACAAUGCCGCAGUCGCCUCUUUCCCAGAAGGCACCCCAAUCGAAGAACAGAUGCGGCAGUCUUUCGAGACGAACUGUAUUGGUCCGCUCCUGGUUGUCGACGAGUUCGCUCCUCUUCUCAAGAAGUCGAUCACAACUCCUCGAAUCGUCAACGUCUCUAGCGGAGCUGGCUCCAUAACCAGAAGGCUCGAUGGGAGCCCCAGUGUGGCGAACUUCAAAUCUGUGGCAUAUCGCUCUACCAAAGCUGCCUUGAACAUGAUAACUGCAGAGCAGGUUAUCGAAUUUGGAGAGUUGGGAUGGAAGAUAUUUGCAUAUUGUCCAGGAUUUACGAUCUCAAAUCUCAGUUCGCUGAAUACGACCGCAAGUGGUGCGAAGCCCACUUCCGAAGGUGCGAGCCCUCUCGUGGAUAUCAUAAACGGCAAGAGAGAUGCAGAGCAUGGAAAAUUUCUCAACGAGAAAGGUGAUCAGUACCCAUGGUAAAGAGAGGUUUCUCGUCCGGCCUUCCUAUGGUAUCCAGAGAUUCGCAUCGGAUGGCCAGAGUCUGCACUCUGUUCAUCAUCAGUGAAAGAGAUCACAGGAAAGGCACCCAGAUUAGUAGUCUCAUGAACGCUUUCUAGGUCCG